AUGCUCGGCUUGCGACCGACGCUGCGGGCCCGGCCGUCGUUAGUGGACCUAAUCAGACGGGGAAACCACGGACAAAGUCCAAGUGUUAGCCCCAGUUCAAGUCGGCCGGGUACACCUGCUGCUGAACAAUCUGCGUCACCUGCGUCACCUGGCAGCUUCAGCCCUGGUAAAGCCGCUAAAGCCACAGCAUUGAUAGCUGAAGCUUCUAAUCAAUCAUUACCCCCCAGUCCAGUACUGUCACCAGCUACUGCCUACAGCGCUUCUAGCACUAGUAAUAGCACUAGCAUUAACGAUAAUACAGCCACCACCACUGCUGCUACCGCUGCUAUCGUCACAACACCCACUAACGCCAACGCUAACACCGACAACUCUACCACUACAACUACUUCUACAUCUACGACCAAAUCAACGUCGGGACCAUCACCUCUAACUUCACCUGUCCCCGUCUUUGAAAUAUCUGCUCCAUCUAUAUCUCCAACAGCUGCAGAGCCACCUGCUAUUUCGAAACAACCUCUCAAGAUGGCUCCGUCAGCGAAAGCCACAAAUGGCGACUCGGAAGCGCUCAAUAGUGGCAAGAUCUACUCCGUUUCCGGACCUGUCGUGGUGGCCGAGGACAUGAUCGGAGUUGCCAUGUACGAACUUGUGAGGGUCGGCCACGAUAACUUAGUCGGUGAAGUCAUUCGAAUCAACGGCGACCAAGCUACUAUCCAAGUCUACGAAGAGACCGCUGGUAUAACCGUUGGCGACCCCGUCCAACGAACUGGUAAGCCUCUAUCCGUCGAGCUCGGCCCCGGUCUAUUACACAACAUCUAUGACGGUAUCCAACGACCCCUCGAAAACAUUGCCCAGGUGGCCCAAAGUAUCUACAUUCCCCGCGGUAUCGCAGCGCCGGCCCUCGACCGAAAGAAGAAGUGGGAAUUCACACCUACCCUCAAGGUCGGCGACCACAUUUCGGGUGGUGACGUAUGGGGAACUGUCUUCGAGAACUCGUUUAUCAAGGUACACAAGAUCCUACUACCCCCACGAGCACGGGGAACCAUCACAAGGAUCGCUGGAAAGGGUGAGUAUACCGUGGAUGAGAAGAUCCUCGAGGUCGAGUUCAACGGUACAAAGACCGAGUAUGGAAUGCUGCAAACCUGGCCCGUCCGAGUCCCACGACCGACGACCGAGAAGCUCUCCGCCGACAGCCCCUUCAUCGUCGGCCAGCGAGUUCUCGACGCCAUCUUCCCCAGUGUCCAAGGUGGUACCGUAGCCAUUCCUGGUGCUUUCGGAUGCGGCAAGACUGUCAUUUCGCAAUCCGUCUCCAAGUUUUCCAACAGCGACGUCAUCGUAUACGUCGGAUGCGGCGAACGUGGAAACGAAAUGGCUGAAGUCUUGAAGGAUUUCCCCGAACUGUCCAUCGAGGUCGAGGGCCGCAAGGAGCCUAUCAUGAAGCGAACUACCCUCAUCGCCAACACCUCGAACAUGCCUGUCGCCGCCCGAGAGGCCUCUAUUUACACCGGUAUCACGGUCGCUGAGUACUUCCGUGACCAAGGCAUGAACGUCGCCAUGAUGGCUGACUCAACGUCGCGAUGGGCCGAAGCUCUGCGUGAAAUUUCCGGUCGUCUCGGUGAAAUGCCCGCUGAUCAGGGUUUCCCCGCCUACCUCAGUGCCAAGCUAGCCAGUUUCUACGAACGUGCGGGUAAGACAACUUGUCUAGGCUCUCCCGCGCGCGACGGCAGUGUCAGCAUUGUCGGUGCCGUCAGUCCCCCUGGUGGUGACUUCUCCGAUCCCGUCACGAGUUCAACUCUCAGUAUCGUGCAAGUGUUCUGGGGUCUGGACAAGCGGCUGGCGCAGCGAAAGCAUUUCCCGUCGAUCAACACAUCCGUGUCGUACAGUAAGUACACCAACACGCUAGACCGCUGGUACGAAAAGGACUACCCCGAGUUCCCGCGGCUACGCGACCGCAUCAAGCAGCUCCUCUCCGAUUCCGAAGAACUCGACCAAGUCGUCCAGCUCGUCGGUAAAUCAGCGUUAUCCGACCCAGACAAGAUUACCCUCGACCUAGCUACUCUACUCAAGGAAGACUUCUUACAGCAGAAUGGUUACUCGGAUUACGACCAGUUUUGUCCUCUGUGGAAGACGGAGUGGAUGAUGAAACUCAUGGUUGGUUUCCAUGAUGAGGCGCAGAAGGCGAUUGCUCAGGGCCAGAGCUGGGCUAAGGUCCGUGAGGCUACGAGUGAUCUCCAGGCGCAGCUGAGAUCUUUGAAGUUUGAGCUGCCGAGUGAGGGACAGGAGGCUAUUAGUAAGAAGUACGAGACCAUCCAACAGAACAUGCUGGACAAGUUCGCGUCUGUCAUUGACGAAUAA